GAUAGGAUUCGCCGAUACUUGGCAAUGGAUCUCCCAGCUGCAUUCUGCAAAAGUACGAGUAAGUAGAAAUAGUGUCAAGAGUUCAGGGAUGGCGACACGAGUGGCUAGUCGAGGAGACCAGAACCCCAGUCUCACCCCAUGGGGAGGGAGGCUCUGUGAAUCAUCUUUGGGUGACACACCACUAACUCUCAAGCUGUACUCAAGCAUCUGGCCUACCAUGCUCUCUUGGCCACUCAAUUCGUUUCGAUCAACAUGCCAGGAGAAUGGGGAUAAAGUACGUUAGGUCACCAACUGUUUGCCUGGAUUCAUCACCACCUGAGUCCUCAACACCAUGAAUAGGUAUAAUUUUCUCUGCCUUUUGUACGUGACCUGUGGGUCUAUCUUCUAUGGCUAUGAUUCAGGUUGCACAACCUCUAUCCUAGGCUACCCAGCCUUCAUUGAAUACUACAAACUCGACUCAAUCUUGAUCGGGGCUUUUGGUUCUGCCUAUUAUGGCGGUGCUGUACUCGGCAUGGCUUCAAAUUGGUUUCUUCCUGACAGAAUAGGACGACUCCGAUCAAUCCAGAUAGCGUGUGUCCUUGGUAUAAUCGGUAUAUCCAUGCAAACUGGUGCGUCCAGCUUUGCCGUAUUCUGUACCGGCCGAAUCAUUGGAGGUUAUGCUAGUGGUGUAAUAUUCUCUCUGUGCCCUACCUAUGCCAGUGAGAUUUCCCCACCAGAGUGGCGAGGGCGUGUAGGAGGAAUAUUUUCAAUCAUGGUCAAUGCUUCGUAUAUGGUCACUGAGUGGAUCGGUCUUGGCCUCUCUUUCGUCCAUGGAGAUUCGGCAUGGCGCCUGCUUCUAGGCCUACAACUCGUGCCUAGCGUGGGCAUGCUGGUCGGCUCAUUCUGGAUGCCUUUCUCGCCCCGUUGGCUUGCCCUCAAAGGCCGCUACGAGGAAUGCUGCGACGUCCUGAAAAAAAUGCAUGGCUCGGGACAUGACGACGACUUCUACCUUCAGGAGUACCAUCAGGUCAGGGCACAGAUUGAGUUUGAGAAAGAAGAAAAGCUGGGACUCAGGACAAUUAUCCGCCGCCCCUCAUACCGCAAGCGCAUUUAUUUGGUGGUAGCCUUGGGUUUCUUCAUGAUGAUGAGUGGCAUCAUCGCCAUUCAGAACUACCAGGUGAUCAUGUACAACAACUUAGGCAUGACCAAUACCAUGGCUCUAACCUUGACCGCGGUCUGGGGCACUGUUGGUACAUUCUCUGCUGUCAUGACAACAUUUUUCUUCGACAAGCUGGGACGUAAGCCAGUAAUCUACAUUUCGUACGGACUCCAAAUCACAGGUUGUUUGCUAGUCGUUACUCUGUGGGCACGUUACGAAGCCGGUCACUCGAGCAAUGCAGCGAUGGGGAAGGGUGUAAUUGGAGUUAUGUAUCUCGUGUGUCUCGGCUACUCAGGGCCUAUGAAUGCCUUUAUUGCCACGUAUCCAGCGGAGAUCAUGCCGACCUGUAUCCGCAGCGCCGGCGUCGCCACCGCCUACGUGGUGAUGCACUGUAUCAUGAUCGUUAUAGUGCAGAUUACACCACUCGCGCUAGAGGUAAUCUCAUGGCGCUUCUUCCUGAUCUUCCUGAUUGCGAACGCCAUAUUUGUGGUCAUCCUGUACCUUUUCUACCCCGAAACGAAGGGAAAGACACUGGAGGAGAUGAGUGCGCUGUUCGGCGACGAGGUUGCCGAAACUCUUGAGGAGGCUGGUAUGCACGUCAAGGACGAGAAGCAGCAGACGCAGCAUAUCGAAAUGUCUAUAUCGUAAGGCUGAUGAUAUUGGCCCAUAGUCAAAAUUGGCCUGGCACAGGUAUCUAACUAGACUGGUCUGGCUUCAGGCGUAGUCAUCUUACAUCUAGU